CAUGCCGCGCUGAGGGGGGGCCGCACAGCCGCCGCCACCGCCACCGCCGCCGGGUGGGGUGGGAGGGGCGGGAGCCGCCGCCGCCGCCGCCGCCUCCCGGGUGGGCGCCCUUCGCCGUGGACGCCGGCGGCCCGGGACGAGAGAUGCGCUGCGUGGCUUGCUACAUCCCUGUAAAACAUCAAGCUGGAAUUAGAGGCCUUCCGGGAUCACGGAGAGGUCCUUUGUGCCCUGCUGCAUCAGCACAAGUUGCCAGCAGCCCUCAGCCCACCCCCACCCCAGGCCGGGCUCUGGCCUGCCCCAUGAGUGGAGCCCGUGGAUUCCGUGCGUGCGUUUAGCGUGACACCGAGAUGAAUUUGCUUUUUCUGAAAAUGGCCUGUUGAACAAAAAUCUGCUUCUUGAGCAAAUAGAGCUCCUACUGUGCGCCGGCCUCCAGACUCUCAUCGCCUUAAAUGGUUUUGAACCAAUGAAGCUGGAUUCCCUUAAAAAGACGGACAGCCCAUCGUGUGAGCUAUAGUUUCUGGACAGAUUUAUAUUGGGUUCAUAGUGGCGUAAUGCCCGCAGACUCCUGCGCGUUCCCCUAAGUUCUUAGAGGACCGCUUUGCCUUUUGAAUCAGAGAGUUGCAAAGUUCGAUAAAGAAUGGCCCUUGUGGAUAAGCACAAAGUCAAGCGACAGCGAUUGGACAGAAUUUGUGAAGGUAUCCGCCCCCAGAUCAUGAACGGCCCCCUGCACCCCCGCCCCCUGGUGGCGCUGCUCGAUGGCAGAGACUGCACCGUGGAGAUGCCAAUCCUGAAGGACCUGGCCACUGUGGCCUUCUGUGACGCACAGUCCACUCAGGAGAUCCACGAGAAGGUUCUAAAUGAGGCCGUUGGCGCCAUGAUGUACCACACCAUCACCCUCACCAGGGAGGACCUGGAGAAGUUCAAGGCCCUGAGAGUGAUCGUGCGGAUAGGCAGCGGCUACGACAACGUUGACAUCAAGGCUGCUGGCGAGCUCGGCAUCGCCGUGUGCAACAUCCCGUCCGCGGCCGUGGAAGAGACGGCCGACUCCACCAUCUGCCACAUCCUCAAUCUGUACCGGCGGAACACGUGGCUGUACCAGGCGCUGCGGGAGGGCACGCGGGUCCAGAGCGUCGAGCAGAUCCGGGAGGUGGCCUCGGGAGCAGCCCGCAUCCGUGGGGAGACGCUGGGCCUCAUCGGCUUCGGUCGCACGGGGCAGGCGGUUGCUGUUCGAGCCAAGGCCUUUGGAUUCAGCGUCAUAUUUUAUGACCCCUACUUGCAGGAUGGGAUAGAGCGGUCCCUGGGCGUGCAGAGGGUCUACACCCUGCAGGACUUACUGUAUCAGAGCGACUGCGUCUCCUUGCACUGUAAUCUCAACGAACAUAACCACCACCUCAUCAAUGACUUUACUAUAAAGCAGAUGAGGCAAGGAGCAUUCCUAGUGAAUGCGGCCCGCGGUGGGCUGGUGGAUGAGAAAGCCUUAGCCCAAGCCCUCAAGGAAGGCAGGAUACGAGGGGCAGCCCUCGACGUGCAUGAAUCGGAGCCUUUCAGCUUUGCUCAGGGUCCCUUGAAAGAUGCACCGAAUCUCAUCUGUACGCCCCACACAGCUUGGUAUAGUGAGCAAGCCUCACUAGAGAUGCGGGAGGCAGCCGCCACCGAAAUCCGCCGGGCAAUCACAGGUCGCAUCCCCGAAAGCUUAAGAAACUGUGUGAACAAGGAAUUCUUCGUCACAACCGCUCCCUGGUCAGUAAUAGAUCAGCAAGCAAUCCAUCCGGAGCUCAACGGCGCCACGUACAGAUACCCGCCAGGCAUCGUGGGGGUGGCUCCCGGCGGACUUCCUGCAGCCAUGGAAGGGAUCAUCCCCGGAGGCAUCCCGGUGACUCACAACCUCCCCACCGUGGCACACCCUUCCCAAGCUCCCUCUCCCAACCAGCCUACAAAACACGGGGACAAUAGAGAGCACCCCAAUGAGCAAUAGCAGAGAAUGACGAACAGUCAUCAUUCAGAUAAACCUGGGACCAAGAGACAGUGAAAACUAGAUGAACUAAGAGAAGGACUUUGACCGUCUUUUUAACCGAUUCCGGACCCACGCAUCACUGACGCUGCAGGAGUUAGGAGAAGCGGGAAGCCGAGGCGUGGGAAGGCUGGAGCUGGCGUCUGGUGACGGAAGCGCUGAAAGACUAGGACGUGAUUUAUUAACGACCAACUUCUGUUAUUGUGUGUUACGUUCUUCAUCUGUGCAUCCAAUCACAAAGAAUAAAUAGAUCCUUUUCCUUUAUCAGCCCCUUGGGCACAGCAGGUCCUGAACACCUUGCUCUAGAAUGUUGCAUCAGGAGUUCCAAACGUCAAAUAAAAAAUACUAAGAGGAAAUCCCCCUCCUAUGACUCUAGUCCCUUCGGUCCAUGGGGGCUGGUGACCUCUCUUGCUGAUAGGAAGAUUAAAUUACUACAGAGAAGGGGGAGAAAACUGUGUGCCCGUGUUAACCACCGCAAGCGUACAGAAGUCUCUCUCCCAUCUGAACUGCGUACUGAGCGGGCGAGUUGGUUGUGAAUUCAGUGAUACCCUCUUGAUGAUGCAAAAAAAGGAAAAAAAGAAAAAAAAAGAAAAAAGUAUUAAGUUUCACAAGCUGUUUGUACUCAAAUAUAUUUUCUCAGUUUCAGAUCCUCAGCUAUUUUAUUGAGUGGAAAGUCUUGAGCUAAAAGAGUUCAAGAAAAAUAA